UGGCGGCCAGCUAGCGCAGCUCGCGCCACUGACCACCAGUUGCGUCGAAGCCGUCGACGGCGACACGACUGGCUGACCCGGGGAAGGGGACACAAACGAGCCUGUAGAUCGCCAGACGUGAGCCGGGGCGGUCGGCGGUGGCGACCGGGCCUGGCCGGCCGUAGCGAGCGGUGCACAUCACAGGCAAGCUGAGACUGACUGGGCCGAGAGGUAAGUGGCAACCGCAGCGCUGCACAAAAGCUUCUAGUUCGUAGUUGCACGAAAUCUUACCUAAAAGCGCUCGCAUAGACUAAGCACGUAGAAUCAAGGCACGAAGCAGCCGCCAGUUUUUUUUUUGUUUGUUUUGAGUGCUGUUUGUAAUAAUCACCGACUCGACGACUCCUCAAGGCGCACUCGAGUCGCCGAAGCUCCCGGUCAUCCGAGCGCCAACCUUCAGUCCCCGGCGUCGCCUCACUCCCGGCCCCUCUCCGUCGGCCGAUGGGGCGGAAGCGGAAGACGUUCGACCCCGCCGCGGCCUCCGGCCUGCGCCAGAGCGCGCUGGAGCGCCGUCUGUGCAACGUCAUCUGUCUUUGCCAGCUGCUGGCCAUCAUCUCCGGCGUGGCGCUCAUCUACCUCUGCUUCAUCGUCAUCAAGCCGAGCCACUACACGCUGGCGGCGCGCUUCGAGGACGACGCGUCCGUGUGCACCACGCUCGGCUCGACCACGAGCGGCGCGUGCCUGCGCCCCUCGUGCGCCGAGUGGUGCCUCUCGAGCACGGGUGGCACAUGCCGUGUCAUCACGGCGUCGGUGCGUCGGCCCGGCGUCACGGUGGUGUUCCGCGACUGCCAGCUGCAGGAUCAGUUCUGCUCGGAGCUCAGCCCCGACCACCUGCAGACGUUCGUCUGCUCGGAGGGCGAAGAUGACGGCGAGUGUCACGGCCUCCACGGCCUCUUCAACUGCUCCGAGAUCGCCGCCAAGCCGCGCGUCGGCCGCGGCCCGCACACGUCGAUCUGUAAAAAUGUGACGGCGCUGAGCCAGUGCACCAACACGGCGCGCUGGCAGCAGCCGGAAAACCUCACCCGCUGCAACCGGUACGUGUGCAACCACCUGCGCGGCGUGUUCGAGUGCGUGGACGGCGUGUGCCGGCAGCUGAAGUCGCCGCGCUGCCACGCGCGCUGCGCCGACCUCACCAUGGGCAACAUCGCCGUGGCCACCGCCGACCGGUUCCACUGGGGCCGCUGCCGGGCGGCCGAGGUGCUCGGCGAGCCGCUGUGGACGGCCGACGAGCAGCCGCCGCUGGCCAUCUUCUGCACCCGGCUGCAGGGCGGCGCCGCCGGCGACCUCGUGGGCGACGACUGCGUCAACGGCACGCUGGUGCCGGCCGACGAGUUCGGUGCGCUGGAGACGUACCGCGCCGUGCGCGCCGCGCUGCGCCGCCACGUGCGCCUGCUGGUGCCCGCCGAGGAGUUCAUCUUCAACGCCACCCAGGUGAUGGUUAACAUCGACGGCUGCGUGAACACACUGCGCAGCGAGUGCAGCGGCUGGCUGGCCGAGCGCCUGGUGGACGGCAGCGACGGCCGCCACCCGGCCGUCUACCCGUGCCACGUCACCCCGAGCAGCACCGACUACGUCAUCACCGACUACGACCGGCGCCAGACCAUCCGGCAGAUGGCCCUGGCCGCCACGCUGCCCUGCGCCUUCCUGACGCUCUCCUGCCUCUGCCUAUUCAUCUGCGGCAAACUGGUCCGCGUCAGCGAGUACGGCGUCUUCUACUGCCGCGACUGCCACGCGCAGAGCCCCACCCGAGACCCCAAGAAGUCGAGCACCCUCUGACGCCACGCCAAGGGGAGGUACCGCGCCACCGGCCGGGCCAGCCAAGAGUCGACGAGCCCCAUCAUACCGCCCACGCACUGAGGACGGCGUCACGUGACCGCGCUGACCUCCGAAAGGUCACGUUCGCCACACCCGAGUUCACAGCUGGCUCCCAACCGAAUUACAUGACGGAGUCGUGUCUCCAAACUGACUCGAAACGCUGUCUUAUGUGUGUGUUUUUUCAUUGUCUUAGUGUACCUAUUAAUCAGCGAGCGAGGAUAUAGUUUUAUUUAAGUAGGUUAGUCGUUUUUAUUAGAGGAUAUUCGAAACUUCUUUGCUGCUGUUCUAUUUAUGAAUGAAACUGCGAAAAGCUUUAGAUGUGUAGUGAAUGUACAAUUUCAGCUUGCUUCAUAAUGGAUUUCAAGUAGGUAGGUGAGCACUAGGCAAGAUCGCAUCUUCAUUCCACGUAUAGUAGCAGUGGGUUCUGUAUUUUUGUCUUCACCCUCAUUGAUAACAAACCAUCAAAACAUGGCGGUUCCAAACCGAGGAGUGUCUGAUGGUCCAACCAUGAGCCACUGCAUAUUCAGCAGCUAAUCAGUGUGGCACACGGGGGCGGUGCAUAUCCGACGUUUUACACCCGACCAAGAACCACCACAUCAGGCUUCAUCUACAAAACAAUGUGCUCGACUUUUUAAUGCCAUUUAGCAGAGUGGCCUGAAACGAAAGACAUGCUGCCGGUUUCGAAGAAGGUACUUACCUUACACGAAUACGAUGCUGUAGUCACCUCUGGGGCAACAACAGGGUCGUUGUAAAAAAGUGGUGCCGCCCCCGUCUCUAUGCAUGCAAUAUCAGUGAGUGCAAUCUGAGCUUCCUCGCUUUUUAUAAAUGUAGCAGUCAGUGUAGGUGUGUGAGUAUGUGUCAUUGUCAUGUGUUAGCCAAGUGUCCAUCGCAGCUGCGUUCUUUGGCACUCGCUCUCUCUGUCUCCAAUAUUCCGUCCCAUGGUGUAUGUAGGUACUCUCUUGCAACUGCUAAUGCUGUCGAAAGGACGCCCACAGAGCUGAGAAUGGUGUGGGGAGUGCCGAAACAAGCUCUUCAGCUUGUUUGUGGUGGUCCUUCGAGAGUCGACGCGUUCAACACACCCAUGUAUUUGUCUGUCUGCGAAACGUUUUCUGUCGGCUGGCAAGCCGUCGCGAGUCGGUAUGUUAGCGGCGAAAGACCUCUUAUCAGCGCCACCCUUUCAGUGUCUGACGGAAUUUUCGUCCAUGCGUCAGUGAUGUUUCUGAAUUGUGAUCGUUAUUUCGGUGCAAAUAAGGCCAAGAAACCCAAUGUGCCUGAAUCUCGUAGUGUUCGGAGAGCGGUGGCCUUACAUGUGGAACCAAACUAGCGGUGUUUAGUUGGCUGACGACCAAAAAUAUCUCGCUUCCUUCCAUCUAUAAUGUGCUUAUAUGUGUAACUGUACGACUUCCUAUAGCCACCCUCGUGUUCGACUGUAUGCCAACUGUAACUUCUCAGAUGCCUUUCACUGUGUAGCUUUUUAAGCUUCGGAAUAAAUUAUUUGUGUUA